UUUUAUACUUAACUCAUACUUGGCUGUACUGUCGAGAAUGAGGUGGGGAAGUGGUAGUGUAGUGACAAUCGACUAAUAAAUAUUAAUUGUAGUCACAAUACUUUUUUCCAACAAUAAGUAGUUUACAUUUCAUGUUAAUAAAAUGAGUGAUUCGGAAAAGUGCGAGACCGAAUUGGUAUCCAAACCAGUAAAACGGUUAGGCGUAAGACAUGUCCAGUACGUACUAUUAUUUUUGGCAACCGUUAUAGGAUACGGCAUGAGAACCAACCUAUCUGAAGGAAUUGUCGCCAUAACAGCCACAGACAAAGAUAAACCGUCUCCUGACAUAAAGACUUAUCCAGAAUGGAAGGACUACAAAAACACGAUGCUCUCCUCAUUCUUUUGGGGUUACGUCUGCCUCCAAAUCGGUGCUGGGCAGAUAGCCAAAAAAUUCGGCCCGAAAUUGUCGCUAACCCUUGCCAUUGCCGUUUCCUCCUCCUUCAGCAUCCUACUACCCAUUUUAGCCGAUGUAAUAGGCUACCAGGGCGUCAUAAUUUGCAGGGUUUUUCAAGGCUUGAGCCAAGGCUUCCUGUACCCUUCUUUCCACCACUUGUUGAGUGUUUGGGCUCCAAACUCGGAAAGAUCCAAGGUUAUAUCCUUUGUAUAUACAGGUGGCCCUCUCGGGAACGUGAUAUCACUCCAACUGACGGGUUUCAUAGCUGAUUCAACAUUGGGUUGGCCUGUGGUGUUCUAUAUCUACGGAGGUCUAGGUUUGACCUGGUCGGUUGUUUAUUUUAUAUACGGUUCCAACAGUCCUUCGCAAAUCAAAAAUAUUUCCGAGAGCGAGAAAAAAUUCAUUGAAUCUGAAACGUGUGGUGAAAGUAAAAAUAUUCCUACACCUUGGAAAGCUAUUUUUACAUCGUCGCCACUGCUGGCUAUUACAAUAGGCCAUGCAGGCAAUAAUUGGGGAUUUUGGACCCUCCUCACAGAAAUACCAAGUUACUUGAAAUCAAUAUUUGAUUAUAAAUUAAAAACGGUAGCUCUAUUGGAUGCGCUAGCAUAUUUCGCCAUGUGGACUUUGGGUUUUGUUUUCAGUCCAAUCGCCGAUCAUUUUAUAACAAAGAAAGUAUUUUCCAUAGGAGCAACCAGAAAAAUAAUGAAUUCAAUUGGACUGUUCAUACCAGCUGCAGCCUUAGUGGCGCUGGCUUUUUUGCCAAAAGAACAAGGAACGCUGGCAAUAGUGUUACUGGUCGUAGCGGUUGGUAUUAAUUCCGCCACAUUCUGCGGUUACAACGUUAAUCACAUCGACAUAUCCCCCAACCACGCGGGGGUUUUGAUGGGGAUAACCAACUCUGUUUCCAAUGUUUGCUCCAUUUUGGCACCGCUGGCAAUCGAUGGCAUACGAGCGAUGACAGGAUAUGACGAGGAGGAUAAAGCGCUUUGGACCAUAGUAUUUUGUUUGUCAUCUGGAAUCUACGUUGUGUCGGGUCUUUAUUUCAAUAUAUUUGCCUCUGGUGAAAUUCAACCAUGGAACUCCGAGGAUUAUUUGAGUAAAAAAAAAGAACAAAAAGAAUCAAAUAGCUAAGUGUAUUAUUUAUUUAUUUAUUUAUAUUU